AUGGAGGAGCCAGGGGGCCAAGAGGUGAGAAGAGCAGACUUUGCCUUCCUCCCGCCUCUGUUCGGUGCUUUCCCUCUUCUUUGGAUGGAGUGUGGACGAGGAAGGGGGAGGAUGACAGGGACGGCUGGGCAGAGGCGUCGGAGUUCACUGAUUAGACAGGCUUUGUCUUCUCACGUUUCAGUCAGACCCGUCGCAGAGUUCUCAGAAUUCCCCUCAGAGGAGCGUAAAGUUAGAGAACUGCAGACUGGUUUUUCUGUCAGCCGGGGAGGGGGAAGCAGCGCCCCGGCCUCGGGUGCAGACGGGAACUUAGCGGAGGCUUGGCUCGUGAAAGGCGUUUCCAGGCAUCGAAGGGUAGGGGCUUCACUUGUCCACGUUAGAAAAGCGGGAAGAAAGGGACUGCGGGAUGGGGGUGGGGACGGCUGCGGUGAGCAGCCUCCUCAGAGAACUGGGCAGUUUCACGCGGGAUCUGCGGCGAGACCGCUGGGCACGCCCUCGCCGCGGGCGCCCUCAGAGCGGCCGGGCUGGGACGCGGGAGGAACCCUAAAAGUUGACCCGAGCAGACAACCUCCUGCUACCUUGAAGGAGAAGAAGGCUCCGAGGGUUGACAGAGCGGCAGAACAGGGGCUGGAACUCAGCUCGCUGGCCCGCCACCAGGCUCCUUUCCCUUCACCAAGUUUGCAGCCGGGAGGAGAGGCUACAGCACAACUGAAGAGGGAGAAGCCAUCUUGCCUCCAUGAUUGGACAAACAUGAAGAUAAAAGCUUCCCUGUGUGGAUGAUAGAGCAAAAUGAUAGAAGGGGCUCAGACUCCCUUCCUUCAGACUUCUUGAUAUGUGAGGAAAAUAAAAUGCUAUUGUAAGGUUAAGCUACAGAAAUGG